CUGUCAAACGUUUUAACCUCUUUUUUUUCUAAAAACACAAAAAACAAAAACAAAACAAAAGACAACACAUACACACAUAUCUAAAAAUACAUAAAAAGAGAAAUGGUUCGCCCAAUUUUCCGUAUCAGUCUUACCAGAUAUUUCAAUUCUAGACCAUCUGGCAUAAUGGACGCACCGGGAUUCCGGAAGUAUGGCCGUGAAAUGGUGGACUAUAUUGCUGAUUACCUGGAAGAGAUCAGAGACCGGCCUGUUGUGCACAGAGUCGAACCUGGGUACCUGAAGAAAUUAAUACCGGACGAAGCACCAGAGAAACCAGAAGAAUUUUCUAAAGUUAUGAAAGACAUAGAGAAGGUCAUAAUGCCUGGGAUUACUCAUUGGCACAGUCCUUAUUUUCACGGUUACUAUGCAGCGGGUAACUCUUUCCCCUCUAUACUUGGAGACAUGCUGUCCGAUGCUAUUGGAUGCAUUGGAUUCUCAUGGGCGGCGAGUCCAGCGUGUACGGAGCUAGAGAUGAUCACCACAGAUUGGCUUGGAAAGAUGAUUGCACUUCCGGAACAGUUUCUGCAUUGCGGGAGAGGCAAAGGGGGCGGCGUCAUACAGACGACAGCCAGUGAGACAGUUUUCCUAUGUCUGUUGGCAGCUAGAACGAAAAUGGUAACAAAACUGAGAGCCCAGAACCCGGAGUUAGACGAAUUGACAAUCAUAUCCAAGCUAGUUGGAUACACGUCAGAUCAGGCGAACUCGUCAGUUCACAGAUCCGGCCUUCUUGGUUCCGUUACCAUGGUGAAGUUACAGAGCGACGAGAAGUUUAGUCUUCAUGGUGAUAUUCUAAGAAAACAAAUUGAAAAGGACAAAGCUGAAGGCAAAAUACCGUUCUUCAUGUGUGCGUCGCUUGGAACUACGGGAUCAUGUGCAUUUGACAACUUGGAGGAAAUUGGGCCAAUCUGUAAAGACAACGACAUCUGGUUGCAUAUAGACGCAGCCUAUGCCGGGAGUGCUUUCGUCUGCCCAGAGUUCCGACAUUACAUGAAAGGUGUUGAGUUUGCACAAACAUUUACAAUAAAUCCGCACAAAUGGAUGUUGAUUUCUUUCGAUUUGUCAGUUUUGUGGAUUCAAGACAGUUCACUUUUAGUGGACGCCUUCAAUGUGGAUCCGAUAUACCUGCGACAUGAAAACGAAGGCAACGUGCCCGACUACCGACACUGGCAGAUACCUCUAGGUCGGCGUUUCCGGUCCCUAAAGCUUUGGUUUAUGCUUCGAUCAUAUGGUGUUGAAGGCGUUCAGAAAUAUAUUCGACAUCACUGUGAGUUGGCCCAUGAAUUUGAGCAGAUGGUUGUUGAUGAUGGGAGAUUUGAAAUCGUCACAGAAGUUAUAAUGGGACUAGUCUGUUUCAGAGUAAAAGGUGACAACAUAUUAAGCGAGAAGUUGCUUGAAGAAAUUGUAGCAGACGGUCGCGUUUACUUGAUUCCAGCCAUUGCACGUGACAUCUACUUCCUGCGGUUAGCCGUCUGCUCUGAACGCACAACGUCCGAGGACAUCAGAUACUCGUUCGCAGUUAUUAAAUCCUGCACAGAUAGGAUGAUUAGGAAUCGUUCGCCGACGGUGGAUCCAAAACACAAACCGACAAUUGACAUCGACAUUUCACCCAAACGGCUGCACACGACGUCGGAAUGUGACCUUCAAAAUGUCUGCGAAAAUAUGAAUGGGUUCAGCCUUAAUGGUCACAGCAUGGACGAUACUGUUGGGAAAUAAGAAUAGAUGCUGUUGAUAUAAAAAUAUGACUAAUUAACGGCAAGAGGUGCUGCAUGGGUUUUGUGUUUUG